AUGAAAAGCGAAGGCGGAGCCGCCCUUCCCUCCACAAAGCUGCUAAGCUCUCGCCAUGCAAGAAAGCCUGCAGUUCUUGGGCAUCGUCGCGCAGCGGCAGCGACAGCGACAGCGACAGCGGCGCCUUCCCACCGCUCUCCGCAUCAAGCGUUCUCGGGGUGUCUGUCCUCCGCAGAACGGCCUGCUGCCGCCGCUGCUUCCCAUAGCCCCCUAUGCGCGGGUUCCUCCCCUCUAGAAGCUGCUGCCUGGGCCCCCAAAGAGGGGUCUGUAGGCACUCCUCUUGGAGGCAGCGAGGCAGGGAGGCGCGCAGCCGUCGUGGAUAUCAUCAUGAGCUACGCUGCCGACUUGCAACGCUGCUUUGGGGGAGCUGCAUGCGAUGUCGCCCGGGUGUCUGUACAGCUCGCUGUCUCGAUUUUAGAUCGGUCGGGUUUACUCCGAAAAGCAAAGAAGGACCCCCAGGCAGUCCGUUGCUGCGCCGCAUUUUGUUUGUCUCUGGCCCUUCAGCAUGAGGCUCCUAAUAGCAUGGCGUUAGAGGGAAAGCUGAAAAAGCUGCUGCUUCUAGAGCGGCUAGUCCCCGAAUCCUUUGGAGUUUCCUUCGGCGAGCUGCAGAGGCAAGUGCUCGACUGCCUCCAUUGCCGAGUGGCAGCACCCCUCCCCAUUGAUUUCGCCUCCUACUUGCUCUACGAAACUGCGGCGUUUGGAGGGGCCCCCGGGGGCCCCUCCGCGUCUACCGUAGAGCUUGUUUGCUAUCUUCUGGACUGCUUUUCCCUUACUCCGGAGGCAGCCGUAACUCCCGCCUCAUUGGCUGCGGCUGCAGCUGUAGAGCUGGCGAGGCGUAUCGCCUACGCAGACAGGGAGGCUCCCAUAGGGGGGGGGGGGGCCUACGGACAGGAGAUUGAAGGCUACAGCAAACAGCAGCUAAGAGCGACUCUUAAGACAAUUCAUUCAUUUUUAACGACGAAGGCUGCAAAAUACCCUGGACUGAAGAGGCUCCACGAAAAAGGCUGGGCUGCUGUGAACUGGCAGCUGCCGCACAGCUAG